AUGGAUAUAAUACUUGAAAAGAAGAUCAUUCUAUCCGAGAUCCUGUCUGCUGACACAGAUUUUAUUCUCCGACUUGUUCAUCAGAACAAACUCAUCACAGAUCGUGACUACAGUGCUCUUAAAAGCCCUCCUCAAGACACUGAGAAGAAGUCUGUUGAAGUGCUGGAUAAACUAAGAGACAAGGGGGAAGACACCUGUCAGAAGUUCAUAGACUUGCUGAAGGGGCAGUCUGUGUUGAAGCAAUAUCCAAGACUGAGAGAUGUUUUCCCAGAUCUCAGACAAGAUCAUAUUUCCCAAAUAAAUGAAUACAAGACAUCCGUCUGCUCUACAUAUAAAAAAGUGAAGGAGUAUAACUCUGGACCUGGUGAGAAAGUGCUGCUGGCUGACCGCUACACUGAGCUGCUGAUCGUUGAGAGAAACAGAGAGCAGAAAGACAGAGAUGAGGAGAUCAGUUCUAAAGGAGAAGAACACCAGCAGGUCUUAAAAACCAGGGCCAGUGAAGCGUACAACCCAAUCACUGUUGACCAGUUGUUCAAACCCGAUAAAGAUGGAGAUGUACCAAAGGCAGUCAUUCUCCAGGGCCACUCAGGACAUGGCAAAUCCUUCACUGCUCAGAUGAUCAUGUACGACUGGGCCUCAGGAAAAGUAUUCAAAGACCUGUUCGACCUUGUUCUUCACCUUAAAUGCAAAGAGCUUAAUGACAUCUCAGAGGCACACAGUCUGGUGGAUCUCCUGAGCUACUGUCCAAGCUUCACCAGUGAGACAGCAGAGGUGCUGAAGGACUCAAAAAUUAAAGUGCUCUUCCUCAUUGAUGGCUUUGAUGAGCUCAAGUUCUCAUUUGAGAAAACUAGCACAGUGCCACCUAAAGACCCUUUCACAAAAGCUCCUGUUGAGGCCACUCUGAGCGCUCUGCUGAAGGGGCUGGUCCUGCCUAAGUGCUUCCUGCUGGUCACCACCAGGUCCACUGCUUCAGACAAACUGAGCAAGCUGCUCAAUGAUUCUCAGCGUUUCACUGACAUCCUAGGCUUCACUGAGGAGGGCGUGAAGGAGUACUUUCAGAGGUUUUUCAAAGAAGAACUGCGAGCAAAGAAAGCCUUCGACUGUGUGAAGACCAAUGAGACUUUGUACACUGCCUGCUUCAUCCCCGUCAUCUGCUGGAUCAUCUGCACGGUUUUCAGGGAGCAAGAAGAAGAAGGCAUGGACAUCACUAAGGGACUAGAAACAACCACCUCUAUAUUUGUGCACUUUGUGUCCAUUCUGCUGAAGCAUCACUGCCAGGGUUUGAGUCAGCCUGAAACACUGCUGAGGAGCCUGGGCCAGCUGGCAGAGAGAGGGUUACAGGAACAUCAGGUCCUGUUUGAUGAGAAGAGUUUGUCUGAGGCUUUCCCUGAUCCAUCACAAGAAAAGAAAUACAAUCUUUUCCUCUGCAAAUUCUUGCUAAAGAAGAAAGUCAAACAGGAAAGAAUGUACAGUUUCAUGCAUCUGAGCUUCCAGGAGUUUUUCGCUGCUCUCCAGUACCUGAUGUUGGAGAAUGAGGAGGAGGCACUUGACAAACUACAGGCGUUGUUAGAAAACUCUGAGGGUUUUAAACCUGUUGUUCAAUUCCUUUUUGGGCUUUCAAACAGAGGCAUUGACACACACCUGAUAAAGCAGUCCAGGCCAUCCAUUCAAGAUCAUCUGCAGAAGUGGCUUCUUAGUGUUUUACAAAAUCACAGCAUAAAUGAAGAGGGUAUGCUGCAUCUACUUCAUUGUCUCUAUGAGCUCCAUGAGGAGGAGUUUGUAAGGGAGGCCAUGGGAGUCUGGGGUGAGAUUAAGUUUGGCUACAUUCCCCUGACGAGGACAGACUGCUGGGUGCUGCUGUACUGCCUGCAGUGUUGCCCCACCAUCAGAAGCCUGGAGCUCACGGGGUACAACAACAUAACAGCAGAGAAGCUGAGGAUGCUGCAGCCUUCGCUGAACAGGUGUGAGGAGCUGAG